AUGUUUAACGUUAAAGAUUAUAAUACUAUAUAUAAAACUUAUAUAAACUAUAUUUUAAAUAAUAUAUAUACGUUAUUUUUUGAUGUUGUAAAAUAUCAAAAAAAAUUACUAAAACGUAAUAACUAUAGAGUAAAAGUACAAAAUAUUAAACUUUAUUUUAAUUUACUUUCAAUAAAGUCUAUAGAUAAAAUAAAUUAUAAUAGCUAUUAUUUGCUUUCUUAUAGUACAAUGUACUACUCUUUUAAUGUUCCAUUAAAAUUUAUAUUUAAUGAUCAGUCUAAAAGUAUAAACAUAAAUUAUAACAUAUUAAAUAUACCAAAAGUAGACGCAACAGGAGAAAUACUUAUUAAUGGUUUUAAUAGGACUCCAGUACUACAUCUUAAAUCUAUUAUAAAGCACACUUCUACAGUGCAAAAAAAAAGAUUAAUAAAAAAUUAUUUAAUAAAUUUAACAGGUUUUAACUAUAUGCAUGUAAGCGUCUCACAAAAUAAGUAUGUAUAUGUUAAGUUAAAUGAUUUAAGUAAACUAGAUUUAAGUGAGGUUAUAAAAUUUAACAGCAUACAUAAAAAUUUUAUAAAAUUAACUAUAUUUGAAAUAAUUGAGGCUAUAAACGAUAAGUUUUAUAACGAUUAUAAUGAUAAUGUAAUUAAUUCAUUUUUUACAGCUUAUAAUAAAAAUUGUUCUUACGCGGAUAUUAUUUCUGUAAUAAAUAAGUUUAUAAAUGCUGUACAUAAAAAAAUAACUUUUAUUAAUUCUGAUAGUUUUAUAAACAAAAAUGUAAACAGUAUAUGCGAUAACAUGUUUAAUUUAAUUAAAAAAUCACUUUCUACAUAUCAUUUUACAGACCCUAAAAAGCAUAUACUACAUGUAUUAGACAGUAAAACUAAAUUUUCAAAUAUACCUUUAUUUAGAGAAAAUUUUUUAUUAAAUCCUUCUUUGCACUACACUAAUCAAUUGAACUUGCUAUCCUGUGUACAAAAUAAGUUCAAACUUAAUAUAUUUGGAUAUUCAACAUCAUCAACUAGUACAACUUUCGCUAUCCCUAAAUAUUUAAGGCAAGUACAAUAUUUUUAUUUAAAUUUUAUAAAUAUACUUUAUACUGUUGACGGGGAAAAAUGCGGAAUACUUUCAACAAUAACAACAAACACAAUAGAACAAAAUAAAAAAUUAAAAACUGUUAUUAUAAAUAAACAAAAAUUUCUUAAUAAUAUAUAUUUAGAUCAAUUUUCUAAAAAUUUAAACAGUAUAACAAUAAAUAACUAUAAUAACUUACUUAAAAAAUCAUAUAAUUUUAAAAUAAAUCAUGUAGAAGUUAUAGAAAAUGGAGAAUUUAAAAUUGUAAAACUAGAUAAACAUAGUUCUAAUUCUAGUUUAACAUUUUACAAUAUUUUCAAUAUAACUGAAUUAUUAAUCCCUUUUUUAUUAAAUAACGACAUGUGUAGAAGUUUAAUGGGAUCAAAAAUGCAUACGCAAGCUGUUCCUCUUAUACACUCAAAUCCUCAAUAUGUGUAUACAAAAUAUAACCAAAUUACAAAUUUAAUAUCUAAUAAAUGUAUAAUUUCUUCUACUAGUGGUAUAAUUGUAUUAUCUACAAAUUAUAAAAUAACUAUAUUAGACGAUAAUAAUAGAUAUGUUAGUUAUUAUUUAUCGCCUUAUAAUAUACACGAUUAUAAUUAUUAUACACGCUAUAGACCUGUGGUAUGGGAAGGAGAAAAAUCUAAUAUAGGUACUAUAUUAGCAAUACCUUCAGAUGCUGCAAAUUGUGAAUUUACUUUAGGAUUUAAUAAUUUUGUUAAUUAUAGCUUUUAUUACGGAUACGAACAUGAGGACGCUAUCGUUUUAAAUAAAAAUGUAGCUUACAAUGAUAUGUUAACUUCUUUAGAAUUUGACAUAGACGACAUUGAUUUAAGCUUUAAAAAAAAAAAAUAUAUAGAAACAAUAUUAAUAGACAAUAAAAAAAAAAUUUUUAAAAUAAUAAUAAGAAUUAUAUCAAACCUUAAAAAACAAAAACGUGAAGCCUUGAAAAGAGCAGUAAGAAGAAGAAAACGUAGAAGAAAAAUAAAAAAAAUUGUUAUAAAAUCUAAGAAAUGUUUAUAUUCAGAUCAAACUGAUAUUAAAAAAUUAGUAAAAUAUGAAUGUACUCAGUACUCUAAUUUUGUAAGAAUAGGAAGUAACUUAAAUUAUGCUAAUUUUAAAUUAUUUUUAGUAAGCAUAAAUAAUAUAAAUGUUGGAGACAAGUUAUGUGGUAGACACGGAAAUAAAGGUACUAUAUCUAAAAUUAUAGAAAUUCCAGAAUCUCCUUAUACUUCUGAAGAUAAACUACCUAACAUUAUAACAAGCCCUAUAGGUGCAGCGUCUAGAAUGAAUGUAGGCCAGUUUAUAGAGGGGUACAUAGGAAAUACAUGUGAUAUAGAUAAUGUAAGAAUAAAGUCUCCUAUAAACUUACAUAGUUCUGACAUGUAUUCAUCUUUAUAUGUUAAAUCUGUAUCUAAUAAAAUAAAUAAUAGAUAUGUUAAACUUAAAUCUAGUCAAAAUGCUGUAUCAGUUUUUAGAGAUUUUAAAACAGGAUAUAAAUUGAAAGGUUUUACUCAUCAUGUUAUUUUAUACUUUUUUAAGUUGAUGCACACUUCUAAAAGUAAGUUCAGGUAUAGAUGCUCUUCUUCUAAAUUGGUUCAAUAUGUGCACGGAGAAAGUAAAGAGCAAAAAUUUGGUGAAAUGGAAGUAUGGUCUUUAGAGGCACAUGGUGCUUCUUAUAAUUUAAAAGAAAUGUCUUUAUUAAAAACAAAUAUUAAAUUUGUUACUGAAAAGAUUAUGUACGAUUAUAGUAAUUUAUUGUCAAAAACAUUUACUGAUCUAAUAGCGGAACUUAAAGCAGUGUUAGUAAGCAUUAAAUUUAAUAAUAAAGCUUAUACUUAA